AUGAGUUCGUCGGAUAAAUCGAGUGGCAAGCAGAAAAAUAAAAAUAGGAAGGACAAAAGUGAGGACAUUCAUGUGAGACAGAGACUCGCAAGGAGUUGCAAGAAACAGACAUUAAACAUUCCGAAGAUGUGCACCACCAAAAUAAACGAAUCUAAUACGCGUCUGGAAGAGAAUGUUAAACAGUCCAAAGCCAAAAGGGUUGCAUCCAUCGAUGAUACAAAUAUGAUUUGCAAGAUCUGUAAUAAAACAUUUUCCGUGCAAGGCACUUACCUUAAUAAUAUACGCCGACACGAAGAUGAGAAAGAUAAGACACAGUUGAUGUGUCCUUUCUGCCCCAGGAAAUUCAAUUGGUAUUCUAAAUUUAUUCGUCAUCGAAAGAGCGUCCAUUAUUGCGAGAGGAAUUACUCUUGCAACAUAUGUGACAAAAGAUUCGAGAGUAAGAACAGCGUGGAGAAUCAUCGGCGUACCCAUACCGGUGAACGGCCGUACGUGUGUGAUAUUUGUGGCAAAGCAUUCUAUGUUAAGCAGAUAUUAGUUAAUCACAUCAAGUCUCAUACAGGCGAUCUUCCGUUCAAAUGCAAGAGAUACAAGUGCAAUAUAUGUGGCAAAUGUUUGAGUAGCAGAGGAAGCUUUAGCCGACACAAAAUGGUGCACUCAGAUGAAAGACGGUAUAAGUGUAAUUGCGGCAAAAGCUACAAGUAUAAACAAAGUCUCCGAGUACACGAAUGCUUCAGAAAGUGUGAAAACUUAGGAAAAUCAAGUCAAGUCCUUUGUGACAUAUGCGAUAACAUAUUCACGGACAAGGCAACCAUCGGCGUACCUAUACCAAUGUUGAUGAUGAACGCCGUUUCUUCUGUGACAUGUACGACAAGUCAUACCACGUUAAACAGGAUUUGA